CAACUUCCAGGAAUAAUUCUUCUCUCCGUUCCACGAAGAAGGAUCGCAAUCAAUCAGAGAACAAAACUCGAACUUAAAUUGUUAAUACAUAUUAUAGGAAUUGUUGUUUCAAAACCAAAUAUAUAUUUAUAUACACAUAUUAAAUAGCAAUCAUCCAUAAACAAUGAUAUCUAACCUAUUAAGCAUUACCACUAUUAUUUUGAGUGUAAUCAUGAAGGCUCCACAAAUUAUUCGGAUUUACAAUCAAAAGCAAACAGGCGGUAUCAAUUUAACUUCUUUACUCCUGGAUGUAAUCAAUUUAAGUACAACAACUUGUUACAAUUAUAUUAAUAAUUAUUCACUGAUGUCGUACAUGGAGUAUCCAAUAAUACUUUUUCAACAGUAUAUUCUCAUUGGCACUGUUUUAUUUUACAAUAAAUAUUUAAACGUCAAAGUUUUAAUAUUAAGUGCAAUGUAUAUUGGGCUAUACUCUGCAUUUAUUUUUGAACUCUUACCUUCCACUAUACUUACUAUUUUAAUACCAUUGGGUACUCCAAUAUCAUUAUCCAGUAAAUGUUUACAAUUGUACACUAUAGUGAAAUUUAAAAAUGCUGAUAGUAUAAGCUUGACUACUUGGUCUAUUUCAGCAUAUACAAAUGGAGCAAGAAUAUAUACAAUAUUGAUGGAUUCAGUCGACAAAAUGUUGCUUACAAAUUUCUGCCUCAAUGCUACAUUAAGUACUAGUAUACUAUUAACAAGUAUAUAUUACAAACAAACUUCAACCAAACGUACUUUAUAAGAAUAUUGUUACACAUUAAUUAUCAGUUUUUCCUUAUAUUUUUAAUACUAACAUAUUCCCUAAAAUCAGAUUUAAUAUUUAAACAUUUUUCUAUACUUGAAUAUAUAAUAAUUAAAAACUCAUUAGAUGUAUCAAAUUAACACCUACUACAAAAUAACUUACAAAAAAAAUAAUCAUUUUU